AUGCCGAAGCACAACUGCAUCCUCUCGCACGCCGCCGCCCUCCCAAGCUUGAAGAAACUCGCCGGCAAGCGCGUCGUGCUCGCCUCCAACAGUCCCAGAAGGCGGGAGAUCCUCCGCACCUUCGGUCUCGAGCCGGAGAUCGUUCCGUCAACGUUCGAGGAGAACCUGCCUGUUGGAUCCUUCGAGGACAUCCACGAGUAUCCUGUGGCGACCGCGACCCAGAAGGCGGUAGAGGUGUACCAGCGUUUGCUGGAAGAGAAUCCGGACGAUGCUCCGGACCUUGUCAUAGCAGCCGACACCGUCGUCUUCACGCAUGCUCCACCAUCCACGUCGGACGCGACGUACGGAACGGAUUCCGGGCCUCAGGACCUGUUGGAGAAACCUACGAGCAAGGAAGACAACAUGCGCAUGCUUCUCGACCUUAACGGUGGAAUUUGCGAGGUCGUGACCGGCGUCACCUUAGUAUAUCCGACGUUGGUUGCUCCCGGAUAUGACAUCAAGUCCAUAGACGAGCGCAGCCUCGUCUACUUUUCGGAUAGCCCACAACAUGUCUUGAAGGCGUACGUCGACAGCGGAGAAGGACUGGACCGCGCUGGCGGCUUUGCUAUCCAAGGCCUUGGUGGCAUGCUCAUCCGCAAAGUCGAUGGAGACUACAACAACGUCGUCGGCUUUCCCGCAGCCUCUUUCUUGCGCUUCCUGGAGCUUCUCGUAGACGAGGAGGACGACUUCUUGGCCGACUGAGCGCAAGUCGCGGACGUGUAAUUGGUGACAUCCAGGCGGUACUUGGACAUCUGAACCUUCUAUGCAAAGCUAUAGAUACUCUCGUU